GCGGGAGUCGGCUGCUAAGGACGCAUUUAUCCUGCGGGCCUCGCAAACGUCCUUCUCGAUGGAAGCGUACUCAGCCCUCCAGGACUUCCACGCACGAUUGAAGGCCCUUGUGAUGGAAGAUAAACUGUAUUCGCCCGAGUCUCGCUACUACAAACUCAUUUCUACCGGUGAAGACGACGCAGGCGAGACUCCACACCUGAUCGCUAUCGACGUCACGGCGUUUUCUCAGGAUAAUGGAGUACCGAGAGUACAAGAAAGUGGCCAGGCAUCGCAACUGGAGGCAGACGUGCAGUUGAACGUGCUGCAUCUGCAAUGGACCCCGUCGUCUGUGGCGCUGUUCUACCGCAUCAUACCCGCGUACGCAUCUGCAAUUCAGUCUCAUGACUAUGAUCUCCCGUCUGAAGAUGCCACACCGCCGCGAAGUUUGCCAGCAGAGAAGGAAUCUACAAAGGAGUCACCCCCCCGGUGGUGACCAUGAGAUGGAGGCUGCUGCGUUAACCAGUCUGCGCUCUAGAGGAAAGCCGCUCGUUAUAAUACUCGC